AUGGCACACAGCUAUCAUCAGCAAGGUUACGAUGACAGCCGUUUUGAAGGUCGAGUCAGAGAAGAUCUACUUUGCUCCAUUUGUCAAGGGGUGCUCAGAAAUCCACGAACUUGCCAGAAUAAAGAACAUCCAUUUUGUCUUUCUUGUAUAUCUCAACAUCUUCGUAAUUCCCACACAUGUCCUGAAUGCAGAGAACACCUGACCCCAGAAACCCUCAAAGAUCCACCGAGAUUUUUGAAGAAUACCUUAUCAGAGCUGAAGAUCAAGUGCGAUUACAAUGAGCGAGGAUGUCCGGGCUACGUCCAGCUUGGAAAUCUACAGCAUCAUGUUGAGCGAUGUGGCUUCGCGCCUGUUAUGUGUGGAAAUGAAGGAUGUGGGACGGUGGUCAAUAAAAAAGAUAAAGAAAUCCACGAGCGAGAACUCUGCCAGUUUAGAAUCGCCAAAUGCCACGACUGCAAAGAUAUUAAAGCAAGUCAAGAUGAAAUGAAAGCAAGUCAAGAUGAAAUGAAAGCAAGUCAAGAUGCAAUAAAG